AUGCGUAUAUUAAAUGUCGUGGCAGGGUUCCCAGGAAGUAGCCAUAAUGCCUACAUCCUCAGGAAUUCUGGUGUGUGGAGAUUGUUUGAGACAAAUCAAAUGCCUGAAGGACAUCUCCUCGCCGAUUCUGCAUAUCCUCUUAAAAAAUGGAUUUGGACACCAUUGAAAGAGAACCAGGUUGUUGGGCCUGCUGAAUUAAGAUAUAAUGAAGCACAUAUCCGAACACGUGCUAUAAUAGAACGACUGUUUGGUGUUCUAAAAAUGCGCUUUCGCUGCCUGGACAGAUCAGGGGGGAUCUCCAAUUCAGUCCGGAAAAAGCUAUAAAAAUCAUAGUGGCAUGUUGCUGUCUACACAACAUGGCACAGGAGCAUGGGAUGUUGAACGACUUACUUCCAACACCACAGCCCCCAGGUGAAAUCUUUGAGCAUGAUGUAAU